UUCUUCUUUGUAAUUUCUCUACUACUACUAUUACCAUCUCCUCCAUUGCCAUUUCUCUCUUCCAAAAAAUCCCAAAAAUUCGUACAAUUCGAAUUAACUACGUUGUACUUUGUACUGUUGUUGUUGUACUAGAUAUUAACUUGAUCGUCAAUAAUUGAAUUUAUGGAGAGUACUACUGAUUCUUCAACUGGUACUCCUCCGCCGCGGCUGCAGCCGCCGCAGCCUCAGCUUCCGCCGGGCUUCCGCUUCCACCCGACCGACGAAGAACUCGUAGUUCAUUACCUUAAGAAGAAAUCCGCCUCUGCUCCUCUUCCCGUUGAUAUUAUUGCCGAAGUUGAUCUUUAUAAGUUUGAUCCAUGGGAACUUCCAGCUAAGGCAAAUUUUGGAGAACAAGAAUGGUAUUUUUUCAGUCCAAGAGAUCGGAAAUACCCUAAUGGAGCGAGGCCGAACCGAGCGGCAACGUCGGGUUAUUGGAAGGCUACCGGAACCGACAAGCCGGUAUUCACCGCCGGCGGAAAUCAAAAAGUUGGGGUUAAAAAAGCUCUCGUCUUCUACGGCGGAAAACCACCGAAAGGAGUGAAGACUAAUUGGAUUAUGCAUGAAUAUAGGAUUGCAGAAAAUAAAACAAAUAACAAGCCUCCUGGUUGUGAUAUUGCCAACAAAAAAGGAUCUUUGAGGUUAGAUGAUUGGGUAUUAUGUCGGAUUUACAAGAAAAAUAAUACACAAAGGCCAAUAGAUCAUCACGAGAGGGACGAUAUGAAUGAAAUGAUGGGACGAUCAAUACCAACAUGUAUAGCAAACUCAAUAUCUCCAUUUGAACAAAAUAUGUAUGAAGGAAUUAUUAAUAACAACACUAGCGAUAUGAUCAACGUCAAUAACGUUGGAUCCAUAUCGAGUAGUGUCCUCCCUCCAAAGCGGCCAUUGCCUGCAGGUUUAUACUGGAACGAAGACCAUAACACGAAUUCUCCAUCUGCAAAAAGGUUCUUAGCAGAGAACUCAUUGGACAAUGGAUUAAACAUGAAUAUUACACGACCAGAUGAACAUAAUAGUUUCUUGAGCCAACUUCCUCAAAAUCAAGUAUUGGGAUCUCUUAGUGAUGGAGUCGUCUUUCGACAACCUUAUAAUCAAGUUACUGGCAUGAAUUGGUACUCUUGAAGACGAGCUGGUCCUAUAUAUGAAAUCGUCAAGCAACCAUGUAUACUGAAUACCGUACUGAAAUAUAUAUUAAUGGAUCGAUCUCUUAUCAUUCGAGUAGUCAAGAAUUUUCAUACUUUUGUAGCAGCAAAGCAGAUUAUGAUAAUCUAUAGUUUUUUGGUAAGGCUGUAGAUACUUGGUUUAGUUAACUUUGUAUACAUCUUAAUUUGGUAAGUUUGUGAAUACAUAGAGAUGCUAAUUAAGAAUGAAAUGUUGUAAUCUUGCUGUACAGAAUUAGAGUAUAUAUAGAAGUUAAAUUUACAUAAA